AUGCCAUCUAGUGGACACCUUGGUCCUAAUGCAAUUGCCCAUAGAGUUCUUCAAAGUGGUUUCUAUUGGCCAUCUAUAUUCAAAGACGCUCAUGCCUUUUGCAAAACAUGUGAUGAAUGUCAAAGAACGGGCAAUAUUUCGAAGAGGUAUAUAUUGGUCACCGUUGAUUAUGUAACUAAGUGGGUUGAAGCUAUUGCAUCGCCAACUAAUGACUCAAAAGUUGUUAUGAAGCUUUUCAAGAAGAUCAUAUUCCCACGCUUCGGAGUCCCAAGAGUUGUGAUUAGUGAUGGUGGUUCUCAUUUUCAUCAACGGACUCUUAAGGCUCUUCUGAAGAAGCAUGGAGUUACUCAUAAGGUCCGCUUGGCCUAUCAUCCUCAGACGAGUGGUCAAGUUGAAGUUUCUAAUCGCCAAAUCAAGAGAAUUCUCGAAAAGGUGGUAAACAAGUCUAGGAAGAAUUGGUCAUUGAAAUUGGAUGACACUUUGUGGGCAUUGCGCACGGCCUACAAGACUCCAUUGGGGACAACUCCGUAUCGGUUGGUGUAUGGCAAGGCUUGUCAUUUGCCAGUUGAGAUGGAACUUCGGCUUUUUCCUGGAAAGCUUAAGUCACGAUGGUCUGGACCUUUUGUAGUUAAGGAUGUGAAAGAACAUGGAGCUAUUGAAGUUAUUAAUGAGAAUGGAGCCAAAUUUAAAGUAAAUGGCCAACGUUUGAAGCUUUACAUUGAGGGUGCGUUCAUUGGGAAAUUGGAGACAAUCUACCUCACUGAACCUCCUACUGACGAAUGA